GCUGGCUCAGGUGCAUAAAUAGAGACUCUGAGCACACUUGGCCACAGGACUUUGGAACAGGUUCCUGGCUCUUCUGGCAAGUGCGAGUGGGAGGAGCAGCAGCAUUAGCCAUGGAGAAGAUCUCAGUGUCCGCCUUCCUGCUCCUGGUAGCCAUCUCUCACACACUGGCCAAAGAGAUCACACCCAAGGCGGGGGCAAAGAAGGAAGAGACUCAUCCCAAGCUGCCCCAGACCCUCUCUAGAGGCUGGGGCGAUAAACUUUUCUGGACACAGACAUACGAAGAAGCCCUAUACAAAGCGAAGACCAGCAACAAGCCCUUGAUGAUUAUCCACCACUUGGAAGAAUGCCCACACAGUCAAGCUUUGAAGAAAGUGUUUGCAGAAAGUAAUGAGAUCCAGAAACUGGCAGACAAAUUUGUUCUUCUCAAUUUAAUUUAUGAAACCACUGACAAGCACUUGUCCCCUGAUGGCCAAUAUGUCCCUCGGAUCAUGUUUGUGGACCCAUCCUUGACAGUUAGAGCCGACAUUACUGGCAGAUACUCCAACCGACUCUACGCUUAUGAACCUGCUGAUGCUCCACUGCUGCUUGACAACAUGAAGAAAGCCCUGAAGUUACUAAAGACUGAAUUGUAAAGAAAAGAUCUGCCCUUCUAUUGUCUUGCUGUCCAGACUUAAAUUCUGGAGCUUUGAAGAGAUCAGGCAGAUUCUUGUUGAGAAACAGAAAAACUGGUCUAUGUACAGAAUUAGAUGAUGGCUCACUGUUGCUACAGCUUUUUGUUCUUGGUGUUAAAUGCAUUAGUUGGGGAAAAAAAAGAAAGAAUAUUCUAUAACAGUAAGCCAUGAUUAUUUUUUUAAAUAAAUCUCUCUUUUUUUUGAGUG